AUGGCCGAUUACCCAGCGCCCUCGGUUCACGUCCAAAACCUGUCCUACCAAUUCCAGGAUGGGUCAUCUGGUUUGACGAAUGUGGGCCUGCAGGUUCCUUCGGGCAGUCGGACGCUACUCAUUGGAGCCAACGGCGCCGGCAAAACCACUCUGCUCCGCUUGCUGGCGGGUAAGCGUCUCGCUCCGAAGGACACAAUCUUUGUCGGGGGCAAGGAUCCUUUCAAGGAUGGUCUCGAAGGGGUGACAUACCUUGGGAUGGAGUGGGUUCUCAACGGCAUCGUCCGCUCCGACAUUGAUAUUCCCACGCUGUUGGCCUCUGUCGGCGGGAACGCCUACCCCGAGCGACGAGACGAACUAGUAGACAUCCUUGACAUCGAUCUCAAUUGGCGCAUGCAUACUGUGUCCGAUGGGGAGCGGCGUCGCGUGCAACUGGCCAUGGGCUUACUCCGGCCCUGGCAGGUGUUGCUUCUAGAUGAGAUCACCGUGGACCUGGACCUCCUUUCGCGAAGCAAUUUCCUCGCUUUUCUCAAGCGUGAGACCGAGACGAGACCGUGCACUAUUGUCUAUGCUACGCAUAUUCUCGAUAACCUGUCCCACUGGCCAACCCACCUCGUGCAUAUGCACUUGGGAAAUGUACGGCAGUGGGGUCCAAUGGAAAAAUUCCAGGGCGAGGUCCCGGAGACCUCACAGAAUAGCCAACUCGGUGAGCUUGUCCUCAAGUGGCUGAGGGAGGAUCUGAAAGCCCGGGGGCCCAGGAAUGGGCGACAUGGCCAAGGCAAGACCUACGAAUCGCUCGAAGGGAAAGGAGGGUAUGGGUUUGAAAAGCGCAAUUAA